AAGCCCAAAAUGGCUAGACUGAAAAAAAUUCCCUGAAUAGCAACAUACAAUCAUUAGAAUGGAUUUUCAAAAUGUCGUCAAUCUUUAAUCUGUUACUUAAGCUUUCUUUUGGGUCAUAAGCGCGCUCUAAGAUGGGGAAACUUCUACGGAUUCUCUUGUUUAUUAAAUUUGAUAUUGACAAGAAGAGGAGAUUUUUUGAAUGGUGUGCGCAGUGUGAAUCGUAUAGAAGGGCGAUGAACAACCCUUCUUAUAUUUAAUACGAAUACCUUCUAAAAGAACCUAGAAAAUGCAAUAUUCCGUAAAUUAUGUUCUCUGGUGACACUUGGGCGAACAUAAAAAGUAAAUACCAAAGCAAUGUUCAGCAACGACAAGCCCAAUGCGGGUCAAUGGUUAGAAUUGGAUGCCUUGGAAACUCCAUAAAUGUCGAUUCAUAACUCAAGCUUAUCGGGGAGCUGUGCACGCUUUAAAAGGCAGUCGACGCAGAUCAUCUGCCAUUAGUUAAAGUUAGCAGUUUGCAGUCAUGUCAACAGCGAUCAAAGCGCUAGCAUUGCUACUGAUGCUGAUGCAGUGCAUCCGUGGAGAGUCCUUGCUGCCCAUGCAGCAGCUCUUGCGGCUGGACAACAUAGUUACGGACAGGAUCAACGGCAUGCUGAAGCAAUACGAGCAUUUGAGAAAUCAAACGGAAAAUGAAGAAUUCCUACGGCAAUAUGAACGCCUCGAAAUGGCGGCUGCUCUGCCCAUCGCCCAGCUGGAUGAAAAGAUUAAGGCCUACAAUGAAUAUCUCGCCUACGACCUGUUAAGCCGCGCACUGGAGCUGGCAGGCAGCUCGACCGACUCGAGCUCCGAUCAGGAUCUGCUACGCGAUACCAAUGUGGAUGGAACACGCGCCAAAUCGUAUAACGCCUUCGAGAAACGGGUGCUCAAACUUUUGAGAAAACUGGGUGUCUAUGAUUCAUUUACGGAGCGCGUCUUUAAAGCCAUAUUCAGCGAUGAGAAACAACUCAAGAAGUUAAAGAAAAAACUCAAGGAACUGGACGAUGACGACAACGACAAUGACUGUUGCUUGUGGGAUUUCAUAUUUGGUUUAUUCUAGAGUUUUGGGCAAACCUAUUUUUAUGUACUUCAAUCUUGUUACCAGUAAAUUUAUAAUGAAACAACUUUAAAAGAAU